AUGUGUGCAGUGGCGACUGCACCUAAUGCCAUUCCAGUCUCCCUCGGAUGGGAAAACAAACUACUCAACACGGAGGAUAGAGCUAAUACAAGAGAUCAGCAUGUGAAAAGGGCUAAGCCGCCGUGGAAAACGCGGUGGGAGUCACGACCUGCACUGACCCGGAGAGGAGAGGCUCCUUGCGAGAAGAAGGACAGCAGCGUAAAGCCUACGGAGGUAACUGGAGAAGGCUACAGGCCAGAAGAAGCAGAGAUUGAGCCGCAGUGGUGGCGGAAGACUUCUGCGAAGGAGGCUUACAACAAAAAGAGAGCACUGUUUUAUGUGUGUGCGACAGCGGUACUCCGAGUUGAGGUGGCAGGGAGUCCAUGUGGAGGAGCUCUGGAGACAGGGACCUCGAGAAGUUUCAUUAGUUCUAAAACAGUCGAAUGGCUCUAG